AUGGGUUUAAAUACAGCAGAAGGAAUGGCUGAUUGGAUUCCUCCAACAAGAAGUUUUUCAAAUAUUGAAUCGGGAGACUCUAAUUUCACAUCAAAAAAAUGUUCUUAUACCACUGGAUUGGUACUAAAUAAUAGUAUGACAGGAGGAAAAACAGAAUUCAUACCAGUGAAUGGUAGAAGAGUGAACUGGUAUGCAUGUGGUCCUACAGUAUAUGACUCUGCUCAUUUAGGUCAUGCUAGAAAUUAUGUAACUUUUGAUGUGAUUAGAAGAGUACUAGAGGACUACUUUGGUUAUGAUGUUUACUUGGUUAUGAACAUUACAGAUAUAGAUGACAAAAUCAUUAAAAGAUCUAACGAGCAAAAAAGAGAGAACUUUUUAGACUUGGCGAGAGAAUUUGAGCUCGAAUUUUUUAAUGAUAUGAAGGCUUUGAAUGUUAAGAUGCCUGAUGUUAUUACAAGAGUAUCUGAAUUCAUACCCGAGAUUAUAGAUUUUAUCUCUACUAUUAUUUCUAGAGGUUUUGCCUAUGAAUCAGAUGGAAGUGUUUAUUUUGAUGUGGAGACAUUUAGAGCAGAUGAGAAACAUGUAUAUGGAAGGAUGGAACCAAAAAGUGUUGCUGAUGUUAACAGAGUACUAGAGGGUGAAGGCGAGCUUGGAGAGCAUCUCAAGGACAAGAAAAGUCCUUUGGACUUUGCUCUUUGGAAAAAAGCAAAGCCUGAAGAACCCUCUUGGGACAGUCCAUGGGGAAAAGGUAGGCCAGGAUGGCAUAUUGAAUGUUCUGUAAUGGCUUCAAAUACACUUGGAUUCCCUAUAGAUAUUCAUAGUGGAGGUAUUGACUUAAGAUUCCCUCAUCAUGACAAUGAACUUGCUCAAAGUGAGGCUCACUAUGAUCAAACCCAAUGGGUUAACUACUUUCUCCAUUCUGGUCACCUUCACAUUCACGGAUCCAAAAUGUCUAAAAGUCUUAAAAACUUUACCACUAUUCGGGAAAUUCUAAAAGAAAACUCUCCCAGACACGUCAGGAUCCUCUUCCUCCUUCAUAGAUGGGAUGCCCCUAUGAAUUACUCACCAGAAACUUCCUUGCAAGAAGCUAUUGCUGUUGACAAAACUUUUGUUAAUUUCUUUGCAAAUGUUAAAGCUCGUCUAAGGACAUCUUAUUUAAACAACUCUCUAAAACAUGAUAUCGAAGAAGAGAAGCUUAGACUUGCUAUUGAAUCAUCUAAUGAAAAGAUUGAUGAGUUCCUUAGAGAUAAUAUCAAUACUCCUGAAGUCAUUCAAACACUUCAAUCUUUGGUUUCAGUUGCAAACAGUUAUAUGAAUUCUAAGUCUGAUGAUCAAAUUGUCGGUACCAUCUUGAGACGAUGUGCUACUUUUGUUUAUAAGAUUUUGGCGGUCUUUGGAUUGUGUAAUGACGAUAAUGAAAAGCUCAACUACAAAGAUAUCUCUAGUUCUGACUGUGACAAUUCAAAGGUUGAAGAACUCAAUAACGAAUUUAUGGAAAUCAUUGGAGGGUUCAGGAGUUGUGCUAAGGAUGAGUCUAGAAAACUCAUGGGAUUAUGCAGGAAAGAAAAGAAAACAAUUUCAAACAAUGAUUUUAGUAAUGUAGGAAACUUUAUUGAUGAAGUGAACAAGUCUUCAUUAUCUAUACUUUCUAAAUGUGACCAAGUAAGAGAUGAGCAACUUGCCAAAUUGAAUAUUACCCUUGAGGACAGACCAGAUGGGACAUUUAUUUGGAAGUCUGCUUCUUAA